UUUUCUUUAUUUCCUCCAUUUAAAGUGAUUCAAUGGUACUUAUCGGUAGAUUUUUCACUUGAAUAGGUUAUUUUAUUUGUUGAAGAGACCGAAGAGGCCCCGGAUAGAUCCCGAAUACUGGUUUAUCUGACAGAGACAUUUGUUGUGACGCAAAAAUUUGAUUAUCAUGUCAGCCUACGACACAGUUCAGAAGGGAAGCCUCAAGCUGAAGGGGACUGAUGAUGGAGGGAUCAAGAAAAAGAAGAAGAAGAAGAAGGAGAAGAAACGGAUCUUGGAGCAGAUCACCAGCAAGGAGGCCACAAGCGAGGAGGGAGUGGAGAGGAGCAAAAAGCUGGACACCCGGACGCCAGCUCAGCGAAAGUUUGCGGAGGUCCAGGAGAGACGGCAGAUGGAGCGCGUGAUGAACAAGGCGGCGUUGACCCACAAGCAGCGCGUGGAGUCCUUCAACAAGCACUUGGACAAACUGACAGAACAUUACGACAUCCCCAAAGUCAGCUGGACCAAGUAGAUGUCUACCAGCGUGGAUAGAAGCUUUUAAAACAGGAUAACAAAGUUGUUUGCACAAAACCAGAGAGUCAAUAUCUAACUUUAGGGUGACCAUCUGUCACCUUCCUCAGGGCUACUGACCCAUUCUACGUUACACUGCAGCUAGGUGAUACACGUGCAGUGUGAACCAUUCUACAUUACACUGCACACUGCAGCCAGGUGAUGCAGUGUGAACCAUUCUCUGGUUGUGUACAAAGAACAUCCAGUGAUUUACCAACCUAUAAACUAUUCACAAAGCUUUUAGAGCAGUGGAGCAAUGAAACAUGUCCACGAGGGCUGCCUGUGGGUCCACCACUGGGACAAUUCAGUGGAGUUGAUAAGUAGUUCUCUCCACUUCUAUUGUGUAGAUAAACCUGUUGUAUAGUAACAAUAGAAAUGUGUAGUUCUUUCAUGGGGGGAUUCCUUCUCGACUGUGUACAUGAAUUUAACUUACAAAUGUGUAUGUUCUAGUGGUUUCCACACUUAUUUACAUGUCUUUUUUGUUUUGUUUUGUUUUCAUGUCCUAAAACACUAGGAAGAAAGCAACAUGUCUGACUGUACUACUAAUCCUCGCUGCUACUGAUGUGGUGUUGAGCCUGUAAAUUUUUUCUUUGAAGUUUAUGGGACCCUCAUUUAUAUCACUUACACAUGUUCAGUAUAUCUUGUGAUUUUAAUGUGAGAACAGUGCAGUUGUAUUUGUAAUUGCAGUGGAGGCAUUCCUGAUAGCAUUCCUGAUAAUGGCUAUGUAACUAUUGUAACAUUUAGUCCUAGCAAAAGCAAUGAUACUACUAGUAAGUUACUCUUCAAGCAGAGUUUUGACUCCGGCUGUUUUAGGCAUUUUUGUCGGGCUUUGUACUUUGUCCAGAUGCACUAUGAUGGUGAUGUAUUUUGUCCAGUUUUGUUAUUGCUUGGCUGACAGACAUAAAGAAAAUUGGAAAAAAUAGAAAGCCCUACAAAAAUAUCUAAAAGCAUGUCAAAUAACAGCCAGAGCCAAACCUCUACUUGGUGAGUACCGAUAAGUCUAUGUUGGCUCUAUGUAUUGUUCAGAACUUUUAGAAUAUCCAUAAUAGCUCAU